CAGUUUACCUGACGCGGAUAGUUACAUAUACCAACACGUUAAAAAUUGUUUACAUUUCAUCGACGAAAGAGAAAGUAGUAUUUUUUGCAAGGCAAAGAUUUAUGAUUAAGUUUGAUGAUCUAUAGGUGUGAUAAAAAACAAAAUGGCUACGAACGACCGAGCACAACAUUUCAUAACGUGUGAAAAGUGCCAACGGCCUGUAGAGUUUACAUGUAUUCCGUGUGGAAUAAAACUCUGUGGAGAAUGCUCUUUGAAACACAUGCGCACGAAAUCAAAACGUGGACAUGAACUCCGGGAAUAUUCCCGUUCUUUGACACAACAGUGUGACAUUCACCUUAAUUCUACAUGUGACGUCUACUGUAAGUCCUGCUGUGUUCCUGUGUGCAGUGAAUGUGUCUCUACAAAUGAGCAUAAACAACACGAUCUUUCAUCAAUGUCUGUAAUAAGUUCCUUUUUCGAAGCAUUGAUGAAAGAAGAAAUUAUUGAAUUACAAACAAAAGUGAAAGGCAACUUUGAACAGCGUAUUCAAGAUAUCAACAGCAAUGUUUCUAUGGUAUCUAAGCAUUUUGUACGGGUCAGACAAAAACUCAAACUCUGGGGUGAAAAAUGGCACCAGGAAAUAACGUCUCUUGAAGAAUCGCUUGAAAAAGAACUAAAAGAUGCAGAGGACAAGGCUUUGAAAAUUUUGAAUGAGGAAAAGGCUCUAAUGGAAAGUAAGAUUCAGGAGAUAAGCGAAUCCAUCAAGAAAUACGAGGACAUACAAGCGUCAGAAAACCCGAAACUUCUAGUCAAAUUUCAGUCUAAGCUAGACCAACUCAGUAAAAUACCUACACUGAGAAAACCCUGUGUUUUUAAAUUUAUGCCUGCUGAAAUACCAUCUGACCUCAAAAAUGUUUUUGGAAAUUUCAAGUCAUUUAUUUGGCCUGUCGAAUUUGCAAGUCUCUCAAAGAUGAGAACAUCAAAGGAAAUUAUGUCAGUUGUUAACCAACAACAUGGAAACUUAUUCAACGUCCAUGAAGAUAACGUUUUGCACAACGACAGAGUUUCUUUAUCACAAGUGAGAUGCUUGAUUCAACUACAUCCUAAACAAAAUUUUCUCUUAAAAGGCGAAGUUUUUUGUGAAAAGGUUGAGCAGUUUACAUUUAUUGAAUUGAAAUUAAAAAAAAUGCCAGACCAAUUUGGGCAGAAAGCAAAGUCUUUGACGAACGGGCAUAUCUGUGUAUAG